AACAGGAGGACGUAAACAAGCCAAGAAAUGAAGCAGAAGCAGAAGUUCAAGAAAUUUUGAUAGUUUUGCAGACCUCUGUCUAGCUUGAGAUCUUUCUUAAAAGUAAAAAGAAAUAUCUAUUUUAUUCGGUUGAAGUGUUAUUUGCUGUCAUGAAAUCCAAACUUGACUGUGUGCAUUGUGAUAAAACGUUUUCUACCUCCUCAAACUUACUGAGACACCACAGAAAAGUUCACAAACUAGAAUCUGACACAUCUAAGAAAAUUUGUCAAUGUGAUCUAUGUGGGAGAAGAUUCUCAAGUGUACCCUGUUUAAGACGGCACCAAAGAGAUAAACAUGCAAUCAUCAAUCUAGUGAAAUGUGACAAGUGUAAAAGUAGUUUCCGAUCCACUACAAAAUAUGAUGCACAUUUGCAGUCAUGCCAUUUGGUGAAAGCAGUGAAAAAUACACUUAUCGAAGCCCACCCCACACACUCUGCGGAAAGCACGAAGGAAUCUUCCGAGAAUUCCUUAGGAAAACAAGAUGGCCUAGUAGUAGAUUGUGAUGUGAAGAAACAGGAAGGAAGUUUGGAAAUUUCUGAAAAUCAGCAACCUUCUGUAUCUACAAACCACAGGGAUGCAAUUGCAUGUAAAAAGUGUUUGCUGACUUUCAAAAGAAAGUCAUAUUUAUUUGCUCAUGUCAUCAAAUGCAAGGGGCCAAAAAAAUUAAAAACAUGUCCCAUAUCUGAUGGCUGCCAUUUCAAAUACAGACUGAACAGUACCCUUAGAACACAUUUGAAGAGUGUUCAUGACUGUGAUUUUGAGCCGGAGAUGCAGUGCAAGAAAUGUUUGCUCACUUUCGUGCGGCCAAGUACUCUAAGUGAACACGUUAAAAUGUGCAAAGGGCCACCUAGUAAAAAGUUGUUGACAUGUCCUGUUUCUACUGAUUGCCAUUUCAGAGCUCGAUUUAAACAUACAAUUACGUUACAUUUGAAAAAAAUGCACAAUUUUGACAUUGAUCCGCCACGUGAGAUGAAAUUUAGAAACUGGGAUGAAUUCAUGGCAUGGAAGAAGAAAGAAGAAGAAUCAUCUGGGUUUUGUUUUACCAGCCAAUCAGGCAUGAAGAAUGGUAAGAGCUUCUUCUAUUGUCAAAAGGAUGGUACUGACAAACCUCAUACAAGCAUGCCCCGCAAAACAAAGAGAACUUUAAAGAAAGGACGGGUAAAAACUGGUGCUUUCUGUAGUGCUUACAUCCGGUUCACUAUUAAUAGUGAUGAUACAGUUUCUGUGAGAUACAUUCCUACACAUUCUCAUCUAGUGGAAAACAUUGCGGAUGAAGUCAGCUCUACAAACAAUGAUCAGGACACUAUGGAAGCCAUAUGUGACACAGAACUGGAACCGGGAGUUGAUGUUGAAGGUGCAGAAAUUUUUUUACCAAAUGUGAACUGUGAAAUGGGUGCUGAUGAAGCUGUUCCUGAGGUCAGUGCAGAUAUAACGAUUGCCUCAAUUACAGCUACCGAAGCUAAUAAAAGUUUCGGAUUCAAGGUCCAUGAAGAUGAAAUGGUUACUGUUCUUUAUCUGACCUCAGAGUCUGAGGAGUUACCUGAAGGCAUCUUUGAAUAUGUAAAUUCCACCACGUCCGAUGGCAUUCAUGACACAGCUGUAAUUGAAAUUGACUCUGCAGACACUCUUUGCUCAGAAAUGUUUGUUAUGGAUGAUACAACUUCAAACAAGAGUAACUGUGCUGACGAGUCAACUGUAGCUGCUGUAAUAGAAAUAAGUAAUUCCCAACCUGCCAAUUCUGAGGUGGCUCCCACCCCUGAUAAAACAAUUUGGAGAGAAAAAAUUAAGUCAGCAACAGAGGACAUAUUAACUUUGUUAGAAAAUGACGCUGUGGAAGAGAGGGUAUUGUCUUCCGUUCUGCAGUCUUUACAAACGUGUAGAAACCAAAUAAAAGGUGAAAUAAAUUCUUCAACACCCUAACAAAAAAUUGUAAUCAAAAUAUACAAAAUAAAUAUUUUUUUAUUGAA